CGGAUGUCUAUAAAAAUAGAGUGAUCCGUGUAGGGUCAUCUGCAGUGCAUGCAACGCCGCGGCAGCGACAGUGACCGACCACCGCUGCCCAUGCUACGACGUCACAGCGUGUCUGCCCUUCCAGAAGCCGCGCGGCAGGCCAAGCUGUCGGCGCCGUUUCGAACCCCAAAGCUCUUCCAUGCGAUCACGCGCGAUGCUGAGAAAGGCCAUGGGUCGACGCACAGUCUCCGCCUUCUGCAGCGCUUGGGCUCGUCGCACUUGGCAGCGGCACCAUGCACGCCGCGCACCGCGACGCUUGUGCGUAAAUUUACGAUCGCGAGCGGCGCCUACCACCUCGAGCUUGGUCCGCGCACGCUGUCGUCCAGCCGGCUACAGCUCCUUCCACACCUUAAGGACGCAAAUUUGUGCGCGGACGCUGCUGCGUCAAGUUCCUCGCAUCCCAAAGCGGCGUCCGUGUGGUCGAAUGAGCAAAUUGCAAACCCAACGCAGUGGCUCUUUCCCAAAGAGGAGCAGUUUGAGAGCAUUUUAUGCCGGCGCUGCCACGCGUACUUGAAGCGCCACCUCGUGCAGCCGCUUCCGUCGCCGUGGCUCGAGCUGCCGCCGGACGGCGACGACGAGACGUGCUACUACUGCAAACGCACACAUGAGAUUCGGUGGACGCCCCCCGAGGGUACGUCCGAGGUCGCUUGGCGCGUCUUUGAGGCCAACCACUCGGUGUACGCCGUGUGUCGUUGCCGCAUGACGUGGGAACGCCGCCAGCACUUGCUUCGAAAAAUCAAGCAGUAUGCGAAUCGGUACAAGGAGAACGUCCGCUGGUCCAUCGGCAAUGAGCUCGAAUACAUUUAUGAGCGUCAUUUUGGCGGCGCGAUCCCAGAUAAUACGUGUAGCCUGUUUGAUUGACA